AGCAGUUUAUGUAACUAACUUGAACUGAACCGCACGCCACAGAGUAGAGAAUCACACUCCGCACACUCACUGUUGGAAGACCUCCGGAUACAGCAGCUGAGAGGAAGCAAAGCUGAGAUCUAGGGAACAAAGAGGUUGCCUUUGAAGCCAGUUCUGCUUCCCUCAGUCACCUCUUCCCUUCGGCUUACAGGGACUGCGGGGUGAGUAGUCAAUUCCAACAGAUGGGAGCUGUGGAGCACCCUGACCUUCCUCCAGUGGAGUUCAGCCUCUGUAACAAAGACAUGAGGUCAGGCACAGCCAAUCACAGCAUCCUAUCCAUCGGGGAGGAAGAAGGAGCAGGCAAUUUCCUGCGUUCUAUCCCAACACGAGAAUCCCUUCAGUGCCCUAGGGGCUCUGUCGUGAGCUUCCAUGACAUCCAGUACACCAUCAAACAGUCCCAUGGGCCCCUCUGCAAACGGACAACGGUGGAGAAGAAGAUUCUCCACAAUGUGUGUGGCAUUAUGAAGUCGGGUUUGAAUGCUAUCCUGGGACCAACAGGGAGCGGCAAAUCCUCUCUCCUAGAUGUGCUGGCUGCUAGAAAGGACCCUGCUGGCCUGUCUGGGCAAGUAUUCGUAGAUGGCUUCCCGCAACCUCCGAAUUUCAAGUGUAUCUCAGGAUAUGUCGUGCAGGAUGACGUGGUUAUGGGCACGCUGACUGUGAGGGAGAAUCUACUCUUCUCUGCGGCCCUGCGCCUCCCCAGCUCCAUCAGCUUUAAAGAAAAGGAAGAGCGGGUCAUCCAGAUAAUCACUGAGCUGGGGCUCAGCAAAGUAGCUGAUGCUAAGGUAGGAACAGAACUAAUCCGAGGGGUGUCAGGCGGGGAGCGGAAGAGAACCAACAUCGGCAUGGAGCUCAUCACGGAGCCCCCAGUCCUGUUCCUGGAUGAACCCACCACUGGCCUGGAUGCUAGCACAGCCAACGCGGUGCUCAUCCUCCUAAAAAGGCUUUCGAGAAGAGGUCGGACCAUCAUUUUCUCUAUCCACCAGCCCCGCUAUUCCAUUUUCAAGCUCUUUGACAGCCUGACGUUGUUGGCUUUGGGAAAGGUGCUGUAUCAUGGUCCAGCAAAGCAAGCCCUGAACUAUUUUAGUUCUAUCGGGUUUCAAUGCGAGCCCUUCAACAACCCGGCUGACUUCUUCCUCGACGUGAUAAACGGUGACUCCACCGCUGUGGCCGCAAGCAGAGGUGAUCAGAGUAGCCUGGACAAUGGAGGGACUGGAGGAGGGGUAAUCGGUGAUGAAGAGCAGAAUGCGGACAGGAGCGUAGUGGAAACUCUGCACCAGCAGUAUCUGAACUCCAGCCAGUAUCGGGACACAAGAGAAGAGCUGAAGAAAGUGGAGCUCAGCCAGCAGAAUGAGCAGGGGAAGUCAAGGCACGUGAAUGAGGUCACAUAUGCAAAUGGCUUCUUCACCCAGCUCUACUGGGUGUCCAAGCGUGCCAUCAAAAACCUCAUCAGAAACCCCCAGGCGUCUGUGGCACAGAUUGCAGUGACCAUCAUCCUAGCCCUGAUUGUGGGGGCCAUCUUUUUCAGAGUAAAACUAGACCAAAGUGGCAUUCAGAAUCGGGUUGGAUCCUUGUUUUUUAUAACCACAAACCAGUGCUUUUCCAGUGUAUCAGCGAUCGAGCUGUUUAUAAAGGACAAGAAAUUGUUUGUCCAUCAGUAUACCAGUGGGUACUACCGAGUGUCCGCAUACUUCUUUGCCUUGUUGAUUGGAGACCUUUUGCCCAUGAGAACUGUUCCAGUCAUUCUCUUUUCAUGCAUAAGUUACUGGAUGAUUGGCUAUCAGGCAGUAGCAGGACGGUUCUUUUUCUUCAUACUGACACUGGUGCUAGUGUCCUACACAGCCACGGCCAUGUCUCUGGCUAUCAGUGCUGGGAUGAAUGUAGUGGCCAUUGCCAAUCUGCUUAUCACUCUUUGCUUUGUCUUCAUGCUUCUCUUUUCUGGCCUGUUGGUGAACCUUCCUUCUGUCAUGGGAUGGCUGAACUGGCUCAAAUACUUCAGCAUCCCCAGAUACGGCCUCACAGCCCUGCAAGUCAAUGAGUUUAGAGACCUUUACUUCUGUGGUGAGAAGCCCCAGAAUAUUACUGCGUCCUCUGGGGAUGCAGCUGAUUGCUCCCCAAAUGCUACACAAUUUGGAAAAACGUGUUAUGGUGAAACAUAUCUGUUAAGCCAAGGGAUUGCAUCUACCAACUGGGCCAUGUGGGAAAACAUAGUGGCUCUGGGCUGCAUGGCUACCAUCUUCCUCCUGAUAGCCUAUGGGAAACUUCGAUUCAUGAAGAAGUUCACCUAGCCUCACCCAUUACAUUACUCUGUGAUUUACCUCAGGACUUGAAACUGCAAAGUUUGUCAGGCCCACUGAAGACCAAUGAAAGAUUCAGUGGGCAUCGGCUCAAGCCCGAUGUUUCUUGCACUUGACAAGUGGCCACAUUUUGCACAUCUAUUAUGUGAUCAUAUGAGUAACAUUUUUUACCUUGUCUAUUGUUGAAUUGCUGGCUAUUUUAUUUGUAAGGAAUUGUUAGAAAAUCAUGUUCUCUUACACACUCUAAUUUAUAUAACUUCAUUAUUCUGUGGCCACUGUCUGCAGUAUCUCAGGAAAACAUAUUUAAACAUAUAAAUUAAUGUGAACCAGAUUUCAUUUUGGCAAUCACCUUUAUUCUGCCUAUCAUGGGUAUAUAAUGACUGUUUUUCUGCACUGGUAUCGGGUUUUUACUAGUGCCUAUUGGAUCACAAAAGAGGCCUGUUCUAUGAGGCGCUUCAAGGUUUAAGACUAGAAAACAUUUUAAAUUGCCUUGCUUUGCAAACUGGGCAUGGUGCAGAUUUUAUCUCUAGUAGCAUCAUAACGUCAGAAGCUUUCCCCAUACCAAAAUCAGCUCUCCUACCACAAGGUAAAGAAGAAAGAUCAGCUAUGUAGGACCUGCCAAACCCAAACAGGCUCAUGGUCAACUAGUGUGGUCUUUCUCAAGCAGUGGGUCUCAACCUCACAGGGGCGCAGAGUGUGCUGUGGAAUUUAACAUUGCAGAAUCGAAAUUUUUCAACAAUAAACAAAUAUUAUGCCUAAUUCUAUACAUACAGUGAAUGGCUGCAACCAGUAAGUCAUGUACAGCGAAGGUCACCACAGCAGCACUAAAGAUUCUGCAGUUAUUUCUUAUUCUCAGUACAGGGAAAGAGUACAAAAUCUGAUACCUCUAUGUGAUAUGUUGGUGAAUGUUUAUUUUAUAGAGGGAACCGCAGUCUGAGUGUAUCUUCACGCACCGUUAACUCCUCUUAAGUGAGCCUAGCUCCACUGGAGCAGACGUGCGGCCAAACAACACUUGAGCAGCACAGCAUGAUUAGGUUGGCAGCACAGAAAAGCUGCAUUACUGGCUCCAAUGCCCACAGCAGUGGAGCUUCAACCCACCCCCCGGGCCAAGCUAGCUUGAGUAUAAAGCACCACUUCACUUGAUCUACAGACUUUUGUGUGUGGGCCUGACUCAGGUUAAAGGCAACACUGGAGUUACAGCUCGAGCUAGCGCUGCAGCAAAGACAACCCUUACUGUCCUGAAGAUAAGCAUGUGCAAGUCAUCUGUGGCAGGCAGAGAGCACUUAUCAAGAUCACAGUUGAGCCCAGCCAUGCUAUCACCACAAAACAUGUGUGCUUCUGUUUUUCACUAUCAGAUAAGGAAGGGCCCCUGCUAGAUCUGAAAUCACAAUUCCUGGCUUUUCACUUCCUCAGCAGCUUUGAAUUGUUCGUACAAAUGUUGGUGUUGACUAGGUCAGUUUAAAUAACUAAACAAUGUUGUCUGAUACUUAGAAUUGUUUGUGAUUAGUCUUCUUGUUUUUAAAGUAAUUAUUAAAACAUUUUUAAAUGUG